AAUACUAAAUAUGUUCAAGUUUUUCGCUGCCGUCUUCCUCGCCGUGGUUGCCUGCGUUGCCGCCAAGCCUGGAAUUGUUGCACCACUCGCCUACUCCGCCCCGCUGGUGGCUGCAGCGCCUGCUGCUGCUGUCUACAGCACCGAAUAUCAUGGCAACUUUGCGGCACCCUAUGUGGCAUCGCCUUACGUGGCCUCGCCCUAUGUGGCAUCGCCGUAUGUGGCCUCGCCCUAUCUGGCAUCGCCCUAUGCUGCACCUCUGCUGCUGAAGAAGUAGACAAACCCGCUGGCAGCCUAUGGAACCCACCGGAACCCACUCGAACUGCGAAUCACAUUUAAUGGCACAAUAAAAAGUUGACGACAUAAAAAAAAAACGAAAAAA